AUGGCAUCAACCGAUAGCGAUCUUGUGAAGAAUGCAAAGGACACUGCAUCAUCAGCAAAGACAGCUGUAGGGGAACAGACAGAGAAGGUUACAACCGCUGCUGGGGAUGCUAAGAAGACAGUAGGAGAGUACGUUGACAAGGCUGCUGAUCAUGUUCACUCCAAACCAGAUCCACCCGCUGAACCAGGUGUUUUCAGUGGAGUUGCAAAGGUUGCUGGUGAUGCUCAGAAGACAGUAGGAGAGUUCGUUACCAAGGCUGUUGAUUACGUUACGCCCACUCCUAAACCAGACCCGCCUGCGAAAACAGAAGGUGUGGUUGCUGGUGCAACAAAGGUUGCCGGGGAUGCUCAGAAGACUGUAGGUGAGUUCGCUACCAAGGCUGUUGAUUAUGUAACUCCCACUCCCAAGCCAGAACCAGUCGCUAAAUCAGAAGGUGUGGUUGCUGGUGCUACAAAGGUUGCUGGGGAUGUUCAGAAGACAGUAGGAGAGUUUGCUACCAAGGCUGUUGAUUAUGUUACUCCCACUCCCAAGCCAGAACCAGUCGCUAAAUCAGAAGGUGCGGUUGCUGGUGCUACAAAGGCUGUUGGAGACUUGUUUAAAAAAUGA